CGGAAACGGAAAUUAAAGUGCGAGCAUGCAAGCGCAUGCGUGAUUGCCUUAACAACGGUGCAAAAUAACAACUGGGGCAGUUGAGUCUGUUUAUGAAAAAAUAGUAAAACCUUUUGCCAAGACCAGCUUUUUUAACCAGUAGGACUAGCAUUAAUUAUGCCCGGCAGUGCAAUUUCUGCUGCUGGAAGUUCAUCUUCUGCAUCCUCAAGACGAGGUAAAACCAAAAAUUACAGAGUGGUCAGUAACACAUCACAAGUGGAUGAGUCACUGUUUGGCCAGCCAAACCAUGUCACAAAAAGACAAGAAAUGUUGGACAACAAAUGGAAUGAUGACAACAAAAUUGAAGACCUUGCAAGAGAAAGAAGUUUUAAGAGGAACAAAAAGAACAACAAGAAAAAUAAAGAAACAGUUCAAGUCAUCACAAAGGAUCUUAUAAGAAAUUUGAUUGUUCCCACUGAGGAUCCAUCAGGGAAAUCUAUCAUUAUGCCACGUCAUGAGUUCUUCAGAAUUGUUCAAAAUUCAAAAGUUAUCACAAAAGAAGAGAGAGAAAGAAGAGAACAGAUGAUGAAGGAAGAGAAAGAGAGGGCUAUGGAGGAAAGCGCACAGCGUAAGAACCAGAUGAAGGCACUUGACCUGGAUCGUCGUCACAAUGAGAAACUGAAUGAUCUGGAGGAGGAAGCGAAGGAGAAUGCUGAGCACCUGUUGACCAAGGCUAACGAAAUGAGACAGGAACAGGAAGAUGAGAUUAAACAUUUAAAUGAGCUGAUUCUCAAUGCUAAAUGUCAUGCAAUCCGAGAUGCCCAAAUUCUUGAGAAAGGUCAUGUUCGUUCAGAGAUGGAUGAGGAAGAGAAACGUCUAGAUGUAAUGAUGGAGGUUGAUAGACAGAAUGCCAUCAAAAUACAAGAAGAAAUUGAGAGGAAACGGAAGGAAGAAAGACUGAUUGGUGCUGCAAAACUUCUGGAUCAAAUCACAGAGAAUGAGCAGGAGCGAUUGUUUGAACUUGAACGUAAAGAUCAGGAGAACAUACAGAUGCAAAGACAGGUUGAGAAGAUGAUGGAGGAAGACAGGAAUUCCCUUGAGAAAAGGAAAGAGGAACAAGAAGUAUUAAGGCAUGAUCUAAACAAGGCAAAUGAAGAGAUUUUAGCUCGCCGCGAAAUCAAGAAACAACAAGAAAAAGCAGAGGAGAUGAAGGUUAUAGAAUACAUGAAGCAGAAAGCUGAAAGAGAAGCUGCAUUUGAAAAGGAACAGGAGAGAAUUAGAAUACAGAAAGAGAAGGAAACAGCCAGGUUACGUGCUCUACAAGAACGUGCCCGUGAUGAGCAGGCAGACAGAGAUGCCCUACGUGCUAAGAGAGCACAGGAACAGGCUGAACGCGAAUGGAGGAAAAAGGAAGCUGAGAUGGCAAGGAAGAAGGCAGAGACAGAGGUUAUGUUGAUAGAUGCACGUAAAAACCAGAUGCAGCAGAAAGAACAUUAUCUUGCUGUCCAGGCUCAGAGGGAGAGAAACGAAUUUGAGAGAGUACUCCGGGCUCAAAAAGAAUUGGUUGAGAAAGAAAGGCGGGAAGAACUUGAGGCAAGAAAGAAACGCUUGGUACAUGCCGAUGAUGUACGCACCCAGAUCCGAGAAAAGGAACAAGUGCGUAUAGCAGAUAGAAAUGCCUUCUUUGAGGAGGGAGUUAAAUUGGAUGAGGAGGCCAGACAAAGGCGAGCAAAACUUGAGGACGUCAAGAAAAAGAAAUUAGAAAUGCUCAGAGCGGCUGGUAUACCUGACAAAUAUGUUACACAUGUUGCACAUAAAGUCAAUGUGCAUGCGUGAAACAUCAAAAGCAUAAUAAGAACUGCUGGUAUUCCAGAGAAGUACCUAAGUCAGGUUGAGAGAAAAAUUGCUGCCCCUCAACAUAUUAGUGCAUGAUGAGGAUCAUUGUAAACAUUUCAGGAACAUUUUAUUCGUUUCAUUUCUGUCUGUGAUAAUCAUAUAUUGUUUACUUGUUAACGGAUUACAGUUUUAUGAGAAAGGA